CCGUGCAGCGCGGAGGGAGCUGCGGGCUCGAGCUCCGAUGCCGGACCAGGUGACGCCUCGUCGCAGUCUUCAGAGGCCAGUGCCCCCACGCGGGCUCCUCCAGGGGGGUCAGGAUUGACAGGCGCCCUGGGCAGGAGACCAUGACCGCGCCCCUCUGCCCCUCGCCUCUCUGCACCCCUGUAGCUCCAGUUCCAUCGGCCAGCCGGUGACUAUUGGCUGAAGUUCCCCGGCGAUUUGCAUGAGCGGAGAGGGAGAGGGAGAGGGAGUGUCUUCCGCCGCCAGGAGCGCGCCCGCCGCAGCCUCCCGGGGAAUGCGCGGCCGGCGGGGAGCGCGCCGCUCGCGGGCCCUGGCACAGAGCGGGCGCCCGGCGCCCUGGCACCCGCGCCCGGAUAUGGGGCGGCUCGGUCGUCCCGGCAGCUGCAGCACCAGCCGGAGGAGAAACCUGCCGCCUCUGCUUCUGUGUCUCCUCUUCGUGGGACCCUUCCACUGCCUGGCCAGCUACAGCCGGGCCACGGAGCUCCUGUACAGCCUGAACGAGGGGCUGCCGGCCGGCGUGCUCAUCGGCAGUCUGGCCGAGGACCUGCGCCUGGCGCCCCGCGCCCCGGGCCGGCCGGACCCGCAGCCCCCGCAGCGCGCCCCGCAGCCCGGCCCGCCGCUCUCCUUCAGCCUGGCCUCCCGCGGCCUCAGCGGCCAGUACGUGACCCUGGACAACCGCUCCGGGGAGCUGCACACGUCCGCCCGGGAGAUCGACCGCGAGGCCCUGUGUCUGGAAGGAGGCGGCGGUGGAGGGGCUGCCGGGGGCGACAGCAUCUCCAUCGCCUCCUCCCCUUCUCCGGACUCCUGUCUGCUGCUGCUGGACGUGCUGGUCCUGCCUCAGGAAUACUUUCGGUUCGUGAAGGUGAAGAUCGCCAUCCGGGACGUCAAUGACAACGCCCCGCGGUUCCCCGUUUCCCAGAUCUCGGUGUGGGUCCCGGAGAAUGCACCUGUCAACACCCGCCUGGCCAUCGAGCAUCCCGCCAUGGACCCCGAUGUAGGCACGAACGGGGUGCAGACCUACCGCCUGCUGGACUACCACCGCAUGUUCACCCUGGACGUGGAGGAAAAUGAGAACGGGGAGCGCACGCCCUACCUCAUUGUCAUGGGCCUGCUGGACAGGGAGACCCAGGACCAGUAUGUGAGCAUCAUCAUAGCCGAGGACGGUGGCUCUCCGCCUCUGCUGGGCAGUGCCACCCUCACCAUCGGCAUAAGUGACAUUAACGACAACUGCCCUCUGUUCGCAGACUCGCAGAUCAACGUCACGGUGUACGGGAACGCCACGGUGGGCACACCGAUCGCAGCCGUCCAGGCUGUGGAUAGAGACUUGGGGACCAACGCCCAGAUUACCUACUCUUACAGCCAGAAAGUUCCACAAGCAUCCAAAGACUUGUUCCACCUGGAUGAAACCAGCGGCGUCAUUACACUUUCCAGCAAGAUCGGGGGCAGUGUCCUGCAGACACACAGGCUCACCAUCCUUGCUAACGGGCCAGGCUGCAUCCCUGCUGUGAUCACGGCCAUGGUGUCCAUUAUCAAAGUCAUUUUCAGACCGCCGGAAAUCGUCCCUCGUUAUAUAGCCAACGAGGCAGACGGCAUCGUGUACCUGAAAGAGCUGGAGCCUGUGAACACUCCGGUUGCUUUCUUCACCAUCAGAGAUCCAGAAGGUAAAUACAAGGUGAACUGCCAUCUGGAUGGCGAAGGGCCGUUUAGGUUAUCGCCCUACAAACCGUACAGGAACGAAUAUUUGCUGGAAACCACAAAGCUGAUGGAUUAUGAGCUACAGCAGUUCUAUGAGGUAGCUGUGGUGGCCUGGAAUUCUGAGGGAUUUCACGUCAAAAAGAUUAUUAAGGUUCAGCUUUUAGAUGACAACGAUAACGCUCCUGUUUUCCUCCAGCCCUUGAUAGAGCUAACCAUCGAAGAAAACAAUGCGCCCCAUGCCUUCUUGACGAAGUUGUACGCCACCGAUGCUGACAGUGGUGAGAGAGGCCAAGUGUCCUAUUUUCUGGGACACGAUGCUCCAUCCUAUUUCUCCUUGGACAGUGUCACCGGAAUUCUGACAGUUUCUACUCCGCUGGACCGAGAAGAGAAAGAGAAGUACAGGUACACAGUCAGAGCAGUUGACUGUGGGAAGCCACCCAGGGAAUCGGUAGCCACUGUGGCUCUCACCGUGUUGGAUAAAAAUGACAACAGCCCUAGGUUCAUCAACAAGGACUUCAGCUUCUUUGUGCCGGAGAACUUCCCAGGAUACGGCGAGAUCGGAGUAAUUAGUGUAACUGAUGCUGAUGCUGGGCGGAAUGGAUGGGUUGCCCUGUCCGUGCUGAACCAGAGCGAUAUUUUUGUCAUAGACACGGGAAAGGGCAUGCUGAGAGCUAAGGUCUCUUUGGACAGGGAGCAGCAAAGCUCCUAUACCUUGUGGGUGGAAGCUGUCGAUGGAGGUGAGCCCGCCCUCUCCUCUACCGCAAAAAUCACCAUUCUCCUCCUUGAUAUCAAUGACAACCCUCCGCUUGUCUUAUUUCCUCAGUCUAAUAUGUCUUACCUGUUGGUUCUGCCUUCUACUCUCCCGGGUUCCCCGGUGACAGAGGUCUAUGCUGUUGACAAAGACACGGGCAUGAAUGCUGUCAUAGCCUACAGCAUCAUAGGGAGGAGAGGCCCUAGGCCCGAGUCCUUUAGGAUUGACCCCAAAACUGGCAACAUUACUUUGGAGGAGGCUCUGCUGCAGACAGAUUACGGACUCCACCGUUUACUGGUGAAAGUGAGUGACCAUGGUUACCCUGAGCCUCUCUAUUCCACGGUCAUGGUGAACCUAUUUGUUAACGACACUGUCAGUAAUGAGAGCUACAUCGAGAGUCUUUUAAGAAAGGAGCCAGACAUUAAUAUAGAGGAGAAAGAGCCACAGAUCUCGAUAGAACCCACUCAUAGGAAAGUCGAAUCUGUGUCCUGCAUGCCCACCUUAGUAGCCCUGUCUGUAAUAAGCUUGGGUUCCAUCACACUGGUAACAGGGAUGGGCGUAUACAUCUGCUUAAGGAGAGGGAAAAAGCACCCCAGGGAAGAUGAAAGUUUGGAAGUACAAAUUCCACUAAAAGGAAAAAUCGACUUGUACAUGAGAGAGAGGAAACCGAUGGAUAUUUCUAAUAUUUGAUACUUCAUUGUGGAAUAACACAGAUGUUUUAAUAGACAUUGGAUAGUCUUCACCACCUAAACAAGGUGGUAUGGAUGAGUUCCAAUGAAGAACUACUAAUUUAUAACUUGUACUAUAUUGUAAAUAGCGGUUUACAGGUUUUUAAAUUCAAAAUCAGAGGUUAUAAAAUGUGUACAGCAUUUUUAAUGAAAAUUAGUACUAACUGCUAUAGAACUAUUAUAAAAAAAUAUUGGCUAUGCCUUGCAGGUUUCAUACAUCAAGAAAAUGCUUGAUAAAAUCUGGGAGUAAGGUAAGAAAAUGACACAUUGCAUUUUUUGUCUACAAAAUCUUUUAACCACAAGAGGGCAACAGCUGCUCCUUUGCAGAGAACUGUUUUGGGUUACUAUUCAUGACAGUUGUUGUACAUCAAAUUAAUGAGAGAGUAUAUUUUAAAUAUAUUUGUUUAUGAUAUUUAACAAAUAGAAAAUUAAAAUAAGUUGAAUUUUACCCCACUUAAAUGUAUGAUAAGAGAAGAAAUGUAUUUGUAAACAGAACAUUUAUCUUACACGUAUGUCAUGCGUCGUUUGAAAGAGAAGGCAUUACAAAGAAGUGCAAUCUUUUUUUUUUUUAGCUAGAAUAAAAACAUUGCCAUAUGUAUUAAAAAUUUGACCUGCUGAAGACUAUUUCACUUUCUGUGUACUCAAACUGCUAUCUGUUUGCUUUACAGCUGAACUUGCUAUUAUUACAGGGGGAAAGAUACAUAUGUCCUUCCUUACAGAAAAUAUAACUAGAAAUUGUGCCCAAGAAAAACAGCCAGAGCAAGAAAUAUUUUCAAUCCUUAGUUGCUUCAUAGCUGUUCACCACAUUUUGGUGCUUUCAAAACUUGUGAGCAGUACUUCAUACUUGGGUUAUAUAUUAAAUAUUUAUAUGCUUAAACUUAUCCAUCACGUAAGAAACUUUUAAAAAAAUCAUAUUAAAGCAGGAUUAUUCUAGAAGCUGGUGUAGACUACUGGUUAUAGUUGGGUCUUUUAUAUGAAAGUUAUACUUCUCUUUUUGUUGUUGUUAGGUUUGUUGACUACCAUUUCUGGCUUCCUUUCCUUGCCUUUGGAUUAAGUCCAAGAGUAUUUGUAAGCCCAGCAGCAGAGUUCUUUGAUAAUGUAGCUUUUGCUGAAUCCUUGCAAUGAAGCAAACUGAUUCAUCAGUAACUGAUCACUUUUAUUGUGUGAGCUGAAAAUUUUAUUUUUUAUGAGAACUAUAACAAAAUUAUCUGUAUAAAUAAAUAAUGUGUUAGCUUAAAUUGGAUCAUCUUGCUUUUUGGCAUCCCAUGUCUGUACUGUACCAAAAGUGUUUAUAUGUCUGCAAAUUAAAAGUUUAUAUUUUCAUAA